AACCCUAACCCAUGCUUUAUUGGCUGAGGGACAGGGUCACAGUUAAAACAGGUCCACGCCACAUCGUACGUGAGACAACGGAUGGGACGUUUGAGAUGAAGAUCAAGUCGGCAGUGAGAUCAGACUCUGGAAUUUACACCUGCAGGAUCAUUAAUGAAUACGGGACGAAGCAGUGUGAAGGGAGACUGGAGGUGAAAGCCACUCCAAUUGAGCCUGGUCUGGCUGUCAUUCGCCCAGUGAGGGACAUCACGGCGAAGGCCGGGGAGACGGUUCUGUUCGAGUGUCAUGUGAUUGGGCCUAAGGAUACUGAUGUGGACUGGCUUGCAGAUGGGAAGUUGAUCCAGCCAGCGCUACUUAACUGUAAGAUGCACUUUGAUGGAAGGAAGUGCAAACUGCUGCUCAAUUCAGUUCAUGAGGACGACAGCGGGACUUACACGUGCAAGCUCAGUACUGCUAAAGAGGAAGUGACAUCAUGUGGUAAACUCAAAGUCAUUCCAUCCCUCGAGCCUCUCUUCACUCGUAACUUGGACAUUCUGGAAGUGAUUGAGGGUCGGAAUGCUCGGUUUGACUGCAAAGUCAGUGGAACGCCUCCUCCUAAGGUCAUCUGGAGUCACUUUGACCAACUGCUCGUUGAAAGCGAAGACAUCCAUGUUCUGCAAGAGGGUGGUCGCCAUUCUCUGAUUAUUUCCCAUGUGACCAGCGAUGAUGAGGGUUUCUACACGGUCAGAGCCCGUAACAGCCACGGUGAGGCGGAGAGCUCCGCAGAACUCUACAUACAAGAACCCCGGCCAGCCAUCUCCUCUCAGAUGGCUAAACUGGAGAAGAUGCCGUCCAUCCCAGAGGAACCAGAGGUGCCAGAGAAUGAGGUGGAGAGAUUUACGAUGCCUGACUUCAUUAAGCCCCUUUACGACCUGGAUGUGAUUGAGGGAAAGGAGGCUGUGCUUAAAUGUAAAGUGGCUGGUUUGCCCUACCCAACCAUCGUCUGGUUCCAUAACGGCAAAAGGAUUGAAAGUACAGAGGACAGAAAGAUGACACAGUUUCAUGACGUCCACAGCCUGGUUAUUCGCUCCGUGUGCCACGCUCAUGCUGGCGUCUACAAGAGUGUAAUCUCUAAUAAAGUAGGAAAAGCCACCUGCUACGCACAUCUCUACGUAACAGACAUCCUCCCUGACCCCCCUGAUGGCACUCCAGUGAUUGAGUCCAUCACUGGUAAAACCAUCACUUUGAGCUGGAAGAAACCAAAACGGCUGGACCCUUCCAUUGACCCCAGUUCCCUGAUGUAUGCCAUCCAACAACAAGCCCUUGGCUCCAUCCAGUGGAUUAUUAUAGCCUCUGGUUUGAAAGAGACCACCUUCACCAUUACAACCCUCUCCAAGGGGGUUCGCUAUGCUUUCAGGGUACUGACCAUCACUUCCAAGGCCUUCAGCAAGCCCUCACCUGCCACAGAUCCUGUGCAGCUUGUGGACCGAGGGCCCUACCUUCAGGAGGCUCCAAUGAUUAUGGAUAAACCAGACAUUGUGUAUGUGAUUGAAAACCAGUCCGUCACUAUCUCUAUUACCCUCAAUCAUGUCAACUCUGCAGUCACUUGGAAGAGGAAAGGCGUGACCUUGGCCAACAAACCGAGCCUGUUUCAAAUGACCAUGCCAGAUGACAACCAGCACACGCUGAAGCUGCUGAAAGUGAAGAGUUCCGACGUUGGUGAAAUGACCUUUUUGGCCACCAAUGAAUAUGGAAGUGACAGCUGCACCUUCACUGUGGAGCUCGCAGUUCCACCAACAUUUGAGACCAUCAUGGAGGACCUGGAUGUUUGUGCAGGGGAGACGCCUCGCUUUGCUGUUGUUGUUGAGGGCAAACCCAUUCCUGACAUUCUCUGGUUCAAGGCUGAUGUGCUGCUGUCUGAGAGCAGUCACUACACGUUUGUGUAUGACGAUAAUGAAUGUUCCCUGGUGGUUCUGAACGUUCGUCCAGACGACUCCGGGGUCUACACCUGCACUGCUCGGAACUUAGCAGGAUCUGUGUCCUGCAAAGCUGAACUCACUGUUCAUAAAGCCAAGAGUAAAGAGGAGCCAGUGGAUGAUGAGCAGGCUUUUCUCAGGAAAAUGCGCAGACUGACCAACUAUUAUGACAUCCACAAGGAAAUCGGAAGAGGUGCAUUUUCCUACGUGAAACGUCUGACACACAAGACGAGCAAAAUGGAAUACGCUGCCAAAUUCAUCUCCACUCGGGCCAAGAAGAAAGAAUCUGCUCUGAGAGAGAUGAAGAUGAUUUCCAAGCUGGACCACGAAAGAGUCAUCUACUUUCACGACGCCUUUGAGAAGAAGAACACCGUCGUCAUCAUCACAGAAAUAUGCCAAGAGGAGUUGCUGGACAGAUUUACAAGAAAAUCCACAAUAAUGGAGUCUGAUGUACGGUCAUGCAUGAGACAGCUGCUGGAGGGUGUGGACUAUCUUCAUCAUCUAAACAUCAUACACUUGGACAUAAAGCCCGAUAACAUCCUCAUGUCAGACCUCCAAAGUGAUCAGAUUCGACUAUGUGACUUUGGGAAUGCGGUGGAUCUCACCCCCGACGAGGCUCAGUACUGCAAAUAUGGCACACCAGAGUUUGUCGCUCCAGAAAUUGUCAAUCAGACUCCGGUUUCAAAAGCUACAGACAUAUGGUCUAUAGGAGUUAUAGCAUACUUGUGUCUGACAGGGAUUUCUCCAUUUGCCGGGGAAAAUGACCGGAGCUCGGUGCUGAACAUCAGGAACUAUAAUGUGGCUUUCGAGGAGAACAUGUUUGCCGACCUUUGUCGAGAGGCGACAGGCUUCAUCAUAAAGCUGCUGGUGGCAGACAAGCUGAGACCUGAUACUCAGGAAUGCCUCAGACAUCCUUGGUUCAAGGUACUUAGCAAAGGGACAGCUAUAAGUACUGAAGCCUUAAAAAAGUUUGUAUCUCGCAGAAAAUGGCAGCGUUCCAUAAUCAACUAUAAAUCAAAAAUGUUUAUGAGAUCCAUACCAGAGUUGCUAAGGGAUUCCUCCAGCCAUACCUCCAUUGCGGUUCCAAGGCACAUGAAAGAUGGCUCACCUUUGCCAUCAUCGUCUUCAGAUUCUGAUGAAGACAUUGAUGAACUACCUUUUAUUCCUAUGCCACUUAACAUGGAUUUCUCUGGGUCAAGGGUGUCAUUGACUGACAUUCAGACCAGUGAGCAGCAAACAGGGAAGCAGAAUGAAAAAAAUAAAUGGUCUGGAGCACCCACACAAGUCCAGGAGCCUAUGGAGUGUGAUCCUAAAGAACUGGAAAAAGAAGUUGAAAUAUCACGUAAAGGCCGACUUCAGAGAAAGUCAUCAGAAGACAAUGACAAGGGUUUUUCUGAAGAAUCAGCUGCUGAAUUGCCCCAAAAAUCAGAGCUGUCAAGAAAACCACUUAAAAGAGGAUCAAGCAUGGAGUCUGACAGAACAGAAGGAGCACGGCGACGAGGAGAACUAAGACGUGGUGGUUCAGCUGACAGUGCCUUGUUGCUUCGAAUUACACCUGAGGAAGGAGCUGGAGAAGAAAACAACGAAGAUGGUCGUAGAGUUCUGAAAAAAGCUGUAUCAAUGGAACUACCAAAAAGGAGCACUAGUCCAGGAACAGCAAAAAUGAGCCAAGAAGACUAUGCUCUAAAACUGGAGCUGAUGAGACAGAGACUGCUGCGUGGUGGCAAUGUAGACAACAAGAUGAGUGGACUGAGAGGACCUCUUUUAGAAACUUUGGGAAUGGGAGAUGAAAAACGAACAAUAUCAUCUGAUCGCUACUCUCGUACUAUUCGCGUGGGCCCACCUCCGCUCACUAGGGCUGCAUCCAGUGAUUUUCCAAGAGAUGAAGUACCUAAACCCAAAGUUUUACGUAAAAGUACCUCUUUCAGUCAGGGGGAUUCAGAACCAAUUGCUUUACACCGACGGUUAGGGGCUCCUCUGGAGAUUCCUGUAGCAAAAUUAGAAGAACGAAGGCUCAAGGAGGCUAUAUCUAUGUCAGCUCUGACAGAGCAAACCAAGAUAGAUUCCCGUCCAGAGACACCAAGGGAACCUUCUCCAAAACCUCCAAUUCCAGAGUCUGUUGUUCAAGAAAGUCCAGCCAAAACAGAAAGUCAAGACUCACUAAUGGAGAAGGAGAUAAAACAUGAUGAGACUAUGACUGAAAAGAUGGAAGGGCUGGCUGCAGAUAGCAAUUUUGAUGAAAGAUCGAGUACAAGUGGAUUUUCAGAGAGGGACAUGAGUAUUUCAGAAGAACCUUUAACUGAAUCAGAUAAUGUGGGCCAGAGAAUUCCUACCCCCACUCAUAUAGCACAAAGCUCUAAAGAAGAGAAAAUGGAAGAGGAGCAAGAAAGAGAAAAAAUGCAGGAAGAGAAAAAAUUCAUAAAAGAAGAAGAAAGAGUUGAUCAUGUUGUUGAAUCAAACACAAAAGAAAGUGCAGAGGAUGUAAAUCAUGAAGUGUAUGCAGAAGAAACAGCAAGUAUCCCACUAAAGUCUUCUGAAAUUACCAUAACCACAAGCUCAGUUAUGGUGAGAUCAUCACAAGAACAGAUCCACCCCUCCAGUAACGUGACUUCAGCAUAUAUAACACCCUCCAUGACUCCACAAGUUGUUCUUCCAGAUGGGAGAAAGUCUGCAUAUGCCAGUAUAAUGCAGACCAUCAUGGUUCCCUCACUCCAACCUCUCAAUGAGCCACCUCUUGUACCCUCCUCACCUAUCAUUGUCCCAAAUACUGCUGAAGCUUCUUCCCAAUUGAAAAUGCCACCUGAUUUAGCUAGUUCACUAAAACCCAUCAUUGUAUCAACCACUGAACACCCUGCAGUUUAUUCAAGAGUAGCAUCACCAGAAAUGAUCACCAAAGAACCCAGUCCACCAAAGACUUUUACACAGUCCUCAUCUCAGCAAGAAGUUUCAGUAGGUCCAGACAUAGAAGACAUGACAUCUGAAGAAGUAUUUCAGACCCGAUUCAAAAAGCGGGAAUCUUCACUCUCAAGAAGUCUGAAAUUUCUGUCACGAUCAAAGGAUGACAGGCCACAGGCUACAUCAUUAGGCUCUACAGAGAAACUAGAGGAAAUCUACAGGCCUGGGCCCAUUGGUGCACCUUUGGAAGUUGCAUCAAGGAGACUUGAGGAAAAGUCCAAGUCAGUCCAAGACCUUCGUGAAGCUGAAAAAGAUCAAGGCUUUAUGAGAAGGCUUUCCAUGCGUUUGAAGAGAACUCCAUCAACAGAGCGCAAAGAGGAAAUAUCAAAAGAGGACAAUUCAGCUGGUUCGAGACGGAGGCUAUCUUGGACUCUGGGCAGAAAAGGCUCUCAGGAAAAGAAAGACACAGAGCUAAUGCGAAUGGAUGGAGAAGGUGAUAGAUUGGCAGAACAUGAAGAAAAGGAACUGAAAAAACCUAAUGAAUCCCCAGUGUUGGCAAUGCGCAGGAAGAUUGAAUCAACAGUGGCUGGGAUAUCCACAAGAAUCCGCAGUUACUCUGAGGAAAGAAAAACGUCAGAGGAGAAGGAAUCAAAAAGAACACCCAUUCUGUCAAUGCUUCGUCGGUCAGCAUCAGAGAUCAGAGCUCCAAGAGUUACCAAUGUUCCUCAGAACCAGCUUGCAUCUCAGGCCAGUAAUGGGGCCUCAUCGGAGUCACUAGACUCUAUGUCGAGCCUAAAAUCAGAAACAUUGAAAGGAGUCGAGGUUGAGCGUAGAUCUCGCUGGGAUCGAUGGGGCCUAACAAGAGGGAAACGAGAUAAAACAGUAUCACAACCUGAUAUACCAACAGCAAUUUCCAGAGACAGCAGUUCUUCACGUUCACAACAGUACUGCAAACUGGUUUCUGACUUUCCUCCGGUAUUCCACAUCAAGUUAAGGGAUCAUGUUCUUCUGGAAGGCGAUCCAGUGACACUCAGCUGUCUGCCUGCAGGAAGCCCCCACCCAUAUGUCACCUGGUUGAAAGACAAGAAAUCCCUGGAGAUUGAUUCCAGAAUGAAUAUGAUUUCCUGCCCUGACGGCCGGCAGCUGCUGAUGAUCAUGCACACAACAAAAAAAGAUGCAGGGGUCUAUGAAUGUGUUGCUACAAACCCCCUGGCCUCUGUGUCCAGCUCUUGCACAAUAUCACUUGCUCGACUGCCCAAUCGUCCUGGUACCCCAGAAAUUCCUCAAAAGUAUAACAACACAGCUUUGGUGGUGUGGAGACCUUCAGAUACUAUGGCCCCAUGCACAUACUCUCUGGAGAGAAAAACAGAAGGUGAAAACAACUGGCUAAUUGUUGCCACUGGAGUGGCAGACUGUUACCACAAUGUGACUGACCUGCAAGCAGGGGGCGCCUUCAGGUUCAGGGUGGCAUGUGUCAACAAAGCGGGUCAGGGCCCUUACAGUAACAUGUCAGAUGUAGUGAGAUUGGAUUCCACAGAACCCAUUAAAUCCAGUGCUGGGGUGGUGGUCAAGACUGUUUCUGCUACUGGUCAUCCUCCCCCUGUUGUAUUGAUGUCAUCGAUGAAAGUGCCUCCCAUUAAACCAGCUGCUAGCAAAACAACAACAAAUGCCCAGCUUGCCCCUCCAUCAAAUUCAGCUCCUCCAUCCUCUGUGGUUAAGUCUGCUUCCCCAGUAACCAUUAAACCAAUCAGUACCAGCCAUCCUGUGGUAAUGGUGCCUGUAAGCCCAAUUUCUGCUGAACAAGCUCCUUUUCAGACUGUCACUCCUGCUCCAGUCACAACUUCAAAAGCUAAGACCACAAUUAACAUCAGUGUGAGCAAACCUCAAGCAAACCUGGCACCUCCACCUGUUGUUCCACCCAAACCUCAUAGUCCAGUACUCACAUUCCCAUCCAAGGAACCCCUUUCUCCUGUGCCAACAUCUGCUCCUACCAUCGGGAAACCUAUUUCAUCCGUGCCCAUGUAUGUUCCAACUGGGCCAGUUCGUGCAACCACACCUUCCCAACCUGCUUCAGCUCCAACAACCUCAACUUCCCCAGUCACACCUGUGACUAUUUCCCCUCCUGUUGUUGUGGUGCAAAGCUUGACACCAGUUUUACAAGGAGGGGACAGCCGAAGUACCCCAUCAGGACGAAUCACCCCGUCCGGGCGUGUUACACCUUCAGGACGCAGGACACCACUGGGCAAGCCUGGGGAGGGAUCUCUGCGGCAAGGAGUUCCACAGAAACCUUAUACUUUUAUGGAUGAAAAAGCAAGAGGUCGGUUUGGUGUGAUCCGCGAGUGCCGUGAGAACGCCACAGGCAACCUCUUUAUGGCCAAGAUUGUACCAUAUGAGGCAGACAACAAGCAAACAGUGCUUCAGGAGUAUGACAUCCUCAAGUCCCUUCAUCAUGACAGGAUCAUGGCUCUACAUGAGGCCUACGUCACACCACGCUACCUGGUGCUCAUUUCUGAGUACUGCAGUGGGAAGGAGCUGCUCCACAGCCUCAUUGAUAGGUUUCGUUACUCAGAGGACGAUGUGGUGAGUUACAUUGUUCAGAUUCUUCAGGGUCUGGACUACCUCCAUGCUCGCCGCAUCCUGCACCUAGAUAUCAAGCCAGAGAAUAUCAUUGUAACCCACAUGAACCUCAUCAAGAUAAUUGACUUUGGAAGUGCUCAGACAUACAACCCUCUCUUCCUCAAGCAAUUCAACCCUCCUAUUGGAACACUGGAGUACAUGUCCCCAGAGAUGUUGAAAGGGGAUGUUGUAGGCCCUCCAGCUGACAUCUGGAGUGUGGGCGUGCUGGCUUUCAUCAUGCUGAGCGGCAGGUCGCCUUUCAUGGAAAAUGAUCCUCAGGAGUCUGAAGCCAGGAUCUUGGCAACAAAGUUUGACCUCUCUAAACUCUACCAGAAUGUGUCCCAAAGUGCCUCGCUGUUCCUGAAAAAGAUCCUCUGUAGCUACCCUUGGGCUCGCCCAUCCGUCAAGGACUGCUUCAGCAACUCCUGGUUACAGGAUGCAUACCUGAUGCGCCUUCGUCGGCAGACUCUCACCUUUACAACAACCCGUCUCAAGGAAUUCUUGUCUGAACAGCAGCACAGGCGAGAGGCGGUGGCCACAAAGCACAAAGUCCUCCUUCGGUCCUACCAGAGCUCGCCACAGACUCCCACCAGUCCCACCAUGCCAACUGUGCCAAUGUCACCCUCCACACCUGUCACCCAGUGAAAACAGGCUUCCAGCCAUCAGUUGGUAGGACUUCUUGGGUGAAGCAGGGACAAUCUCUAGAGCAAGACAAGACUUUGGACCAGAAGUUGGUCAGUUGUUCAUCAAAAGAACUCUAUUCACAAAAAACCAGCAGUAAUUGUGAUCAACACGAGUAUCAGACCUGUCCUCUGGUUCCAAACAGAACCCAAGGAACUGUUUUCAGACAAAAAGGAACUUUGACAAAGCGGACUGUAUUUUAUAUAGUAUGAACUUUCUUCAUACGUGGUAGAAUGCUGUCUUCAAGUUAGUACCUCAAGGUUUGCAACUCUGCCUCUGUUUUGGACUUGUUACUUGUUUAUCACUUUUAUUUUAACAAGAGAAGCAACACCAAAAUGUAAACUGUUCUAACAAGCCUAAAGUGGCUUUCUAAGAGCGUUAAUGUAAAAAAAAAAAUCUAUAUGUUAAAUAAAAGUUCAAAUUUUGGAUAGGUGAAUUGAACUGAAACCACAACCAAGUUCACCACCUAAUUCAAAGUAAGUUGGAACAAAUUUAAUGUUUGUGUUUGGAAAACCUCAGCCAACCUGCUCUCUAUCAGUCAGUUAUGACAACUAACUGUUUCUCAGAUUAACACACCUAAAGUGGUUGAUAUUGUUCAAGUAAUUGUCCUCAGUGCUACAUGUGGUCUUUUAUACCUGUAGCAGCUCAGCGAUGGUCAAGACUGUAGCAGUUCAAGAAAGAAUUUCUAUUUUCCUCUUGAUUUAUUUUAAAUAUAUAUAAACUAAGUUUACAAGAUACAUAAGUGGCUUUUUUAUAAGGGCUUUUAGAAAAGAAUGAUUCAGGCAUCCCUUUACUCUAAUAAGAUUGUCUAAUUCUUAAUAGCAAUUUUUGUUUUGCUUUUAGAUUUGAGAUCAGAUCCUUUUUAGAGCUUCCAUAAAAUACUCUUGUAACGGUAAGGAUGUCAGUACAAAUAUUCCCGUGCAGAGCUCACAGACACUGAAUACGCUGCUACAACAAAAGCUAGCAGCUAAGCUAAGCUCUUCCUCCCAAACCAGUGGGAGAUAUUUAAGCUACACAGACAUCAAGAGCUUUACAAGUAUUCAGAAUCAAUAUCAGACAUGCAGACAGAAGAUUCCUAUUAAAUUCAAAUCCAAUUUGUUAUCCAGGCAAUUAGUGAAUUACUUUACAAACCCACUGGUAAAGCUUGGGGUGCCACUAAGUGCCCUUAAUGAGCAGCAGUCAGCAUUU